UCGCAACUACAUAAUUAGUGCUGUUUCUUGAUUCGAGGUUUCUAUAAAAAGUUAGAAAAGAUAGUAAUAAAAUGAACUCAACGGAUAAAACGAACUAUUCAAUUAGCCGUUUGACAAUAAAAAAAAAUUAGCUGUUUAUCGAAAAUGUUUAGGCGAGAUAUGCAAUGAUAACAUCAUACGAGUAUCAAAUUGCAUUUUGAAUAGCUCAUAAUAGGCUUAGUGCGUUUGUGAAUAUAUUCUUUUUACACUAUACUAUUAUAAGUUUUAAAGAAGAAAGCUUUAACAAAGGCCUCGUAAAGUGCAACUGAAAAAUCUUCGUAUCGGUCAUGCGAGCGACAAACGUUAUUAUACGUAAAUUAAAUCAAAUCAAUGCAAUAAGUGGUGUGGAUGCUAUCAGCGCUUCUGGGUGUGUUCCACGUUGCAUUAAGGUUAUCUCACGCGCAAUGGACUGACAGUGUUUCCGAUUCCGAGUAUUUUAGGAUACGAGAACAUAAUCAACAAGAAGAAUAUAAUAUGAUAUACUCUUUUUUCGAGGAGAAGGAUGCUUGGUGUUAUUGGGUUGUAUCGGUCGGCGCCCUAUUGUCAUUUCUUGGCUUGAUCGCCGCUUGUAUCUGCAGCUGUCGACGGAAUGAAAACAAGAACGAAUUUCUGGGACUUGCUGGUAUGGUAACACUGAAUAAUUCCGAAACAGAUGCUUUCAACAGAAUUCCAAUAUUGGAUAUAUCCCAUGCUGUUACUCAAGAUAUCAGUGAUGGCGCAAAAAGAACUACAAUAGGUGCCAACAGAAGUCUUCCAGAUAUUCCAAAAGAUAAAAGCAAAGAACAUGAUGAUAUGGUGGAUUCUAUACCACAAGAUAUAUAUGAGACUACUGAGACUAUGGGAGACCACUCAGAAUUAUAUGCUACAGUUCAGGAUGCAGUACAAGAACAAAUACCUGAAAGGGAAACACCAGAAAUUAUUCAGCAAAGUUGUUUGACAGUACAAGAUACAUCUCAUCAAUAUGCAAGAUUUGCAUCUCCAAACUCUGAUAAUAUUGAACAUCCUUAUGCACAACUUCAAAACUUUCAAAAGACUGAAGUUAAUCAAGUAAAUAGGUAUUAUCCAUUUAUCAUAUCUGUACAUUUUAUUUUUUGCAAAGAAAAUAUAUAUAUACACAUAUUUUUUUUGUUUUGCAGAACUAACUUUAAUCAAGUCACGAAUAUUGAAAAUCCAUCAACAUCCAUAAAUCAAUUGAGCGGAAAUCCGAUUGCGCCUCCGCGAACUCGCCGAUCAUCCUCACACAAUUCGCUUCUUAACUCUGAAUUACACUCUGAUAUUCAAGCCGCUAAUGCCAUCUCUGGUAGUAUACAGGCUAAUCAAGACUUACCUUAUAUGACGCCACCACUUUUAAUGUUACUACCGCACUCGUCACAGUCUCAACAUAAUAAUCUGCAACAAAAUUUUAGUGGAGACUCUCAAGAUUCGAAAGGAUACACAAGCAUAAGCGUAAGGGAACCAUUAGCUAAUAUAAUUGCCCAGACAAAAGCAGCUUAUAGAGAAAAUCAAUCUAGUAGACCAAUUAUUGAUUCUCAUUAUACCACUGUUUCUGAUGAUUCUGAUGAAAUGUAUGCCGCGAUAGAUGAGCAAGAUAAAGUUUAUACUAGUGGCAGUGAAACAUAUGCACAAAUUCAACCGAUGAUGUCGUCAGAAAUCGAUAGACAUCCACAACACGAACAAACGAUAUUUUGUCAGCCUUUUUUGCGCACAGACGAGACGUAUCCUGCGCCACAACCGCCAAGUGUCGAUAGUUUACGUUAUGUUGCACAUGCUCAUUCCAGGCAAGCAUCAUCGUCGAGUGCCAAUAGUUCCAUUAUUAAUCCCGGAUCUCCCAAACCCGAGAAACGUCAAGCAAAUUCUCCUCUACCACCACCACCUGAAGCAACCGUGGAGGGAUAUGCGAUCGUUGACAAAAAAAGUAAAGGUGAUGACAAAUUAAGAUCAUCGCUAUCAGUAGGUAAGUCGCUUGAAGACAUGUACGCAAAAGUAAUGAAGAAAAGAAAAGAGAUAGAGGAACAGCAAAACGAUACUCAGUCAAACUCUAAUAACGUUCUACAUUCUGAAGCAAGUACUUGCAAAAAAUUAAGUCUUGAGAUUAGUCGAGCAUCGUGGUGCAGCCAUGAAUCUGUGGAAAUACAAAAAAAGGAACCUGAUCUCGCGUAUUACUCUGUUGCAAGCAGUAACAUGAGUAACUUUAAAGUUGAGAAUGACAGUAAUGUUUUAAAACCUAAAGUCGACAUGGAUGCGGCUCAUUUAAAGAUUGAUCAUGAAUACGAGACCGUUAAUUCUAACAAUGGUAAGAGAAAUUCUAUCACGAGAGACGACACGCACAUGUCCGAUUUAAAUUAUAACAUGUUACGUCCACAAUGCUCGCGAGAGGUCGAUUUUCAAAACACCUCAAUAUUGGCAAGAAACAGUACGGACACAUAUUCGAUGUCAUUUAAACAUAGACAAGUGAGCAAUGCCAGUAGCGAAGAUCCUGGCUAUGAGAAGGUGCGUUUACGACGGCGGGACGAGUUAGAUCAGGACACUGACUCGGAACCAAAUUACGAAAGUAUGCCGCAUCAUACACUUGAACCGAAUUAUGCCUCCGUCUGCCAACCUGGUGAUAGCGACACAGAUCCGAAUUACGAGUCCGUGAGUCAUGGCGAUCCAAAUUACGAGAGCGUAAGAUAUAUGAGUGUUACACAAAAUGAGGAACCGCCCUAUGAACAGGUGAACAACUUUUUGUCGGAUGCAAACACAGAUGGUUAUGAAAAAAUAAAGGAUAAAAAUAUGAUGAGCGUCCAUUACAAAAAAAUAGAUCUGAAUCUUUCCUUGGAACAAAUUAACAAUGGAGGUGAUACUGAUGAUGGACAGUACAUUCAGGUUUAACGUUCUGAUUUUGUUCAGCGACAAAAUAUGCAUUGUUAUUGAAUUAUUUAAUGCUUUUUCUACACAUCUCACAUUUGUUUGGAAUUAAAAGAGAAAGAAGAGAAGAACCUUAUAUCUUGCGAUUGAAUGAGCAACCUCUAUAAAGAUAAAAAGUAACAUGCAUCAAGUUACAUCGAUAGCAAUAAGAUAAUGAGGAUAAGACUGAUAAAGACAGACAGUGAGAAUAUAAGUUUACAAAUAAAAAAAUGAAUUAAAUUGUCUUAAUCUAUAAUACAUUCCUGAAACCAGUAACUUGAACAGCAAUUUAAAAAGUUACCCAAGUAAACAAGUAAAAAUAAGCCUUUUUUGUAUGAAAUAGUGUAUUACAUUUGAAAUGCUCAUACAAAUUAAAGCUUUAAAAAAAUUA